AUGUCCACGCAAAGGGUGAACGUAACUCGGUUGAAGAAACUGGCUGCGCAGUUCCUCGAUCAAGUCUUCGAUGACCAGUUUGCCAAGCUGUCCUACAACGAUAUGAGAUUGAAGAUUGGCCAAAGUGAGUUGGCUUGGUCUUGGCACACCUUGCUCCCCUGCCUGGUGCGAACUGUUCGCGACAUCCGAACCAAAUUUGGGCUCCCAUUUCCAGGUGAUUACACACUCUUCGAGACUUACAACUUUGCCACGGACAGCAUGCGAGUGUUUCUGAUACACUACCACCCCGACAAGACAUUUGGAUCGAACUCCGUGCUCGAACGCGAUGUCAUAGAGAAGGCCAACAUUGUCUUUUCCAAGUUGCAGGAUCUACACCUUCAGACAAAGCAAAGAUUCAAUAUGCGAAACCACUACAAUUGGUGGGAUAUUCUACAGUCUCUACUGGAUUUCAAUGCGACAUCCUGUCUGCACAGGACCAAGACCGACGAGUCUCGCUCCGAAAGGCUAAAACGUCAACUGGAGUACGAAUAUCAGAUUGACGCACUGUGGCCACACAACAAUCCAGACUUGAAGAUGAGGAAGAUGGAUCUUGACAAGAAACGUUUGUUCACACGGAAGGAAUACAUGUUUCUCAAUGGAUACAGAAAAAUGCAGAUUUUGGACUUAGAACUGAAGAGCAAAGGAUUCAACGUGGAACAAGACGAGGAUAAGCUUCCAGUCGAGUCAGAACGCAACACAUCCGCUUGCCUGCUUCCUGAGGAAUAUUGCCCGCUUGCCACCAAGGACCAGCUGGCCUACGAGGUGUUUUUGAAUCCAAAAGUUGUGUACAAGGGAUGGAACAUGAACGAGCCCUGUCACCUCUUCCGUAAGAUCCGCGACAUGAAGGAUACACUCUGCAUUGACAACAUUCGGAAGGAAUGGAAUUACAACCCCAGAACACUCGAAGAGACCAAGGGUGUGAUCCGUUACAUUCUGGACAUUAUUCCUGCAUUCUUGUUCAAGGAUGAACAAAAUCCAGUGAUUACAAUGUUUGAUACCAAGGAUGAUGCGAAGUUCGAGGAUCAGCUGCAAAACGUCGAAACCAUGAUUCUGUUUGUUCGUGAGACCAUGGCCCUGCUUAUCAAGUGCGCUAGCCUUCAUCAAGGGCCUCAGACCACUUGUACCCACCAGAGAUGUGGCCGCAAGAAGCUUUCCAACAUACGGCAAUCAGAUCCGAACGAGAACAACUGGGACAGAGUGAAACUCCAAGAGAUCCAAGAGAAGUGGAACGUCAUGAAGAAUAGGUUGAGAACCAUGACCUCUGACAAUGGAUUGGAAGUGAUUGCCGAUGCCCUCGCAUUGGUGCUGGCCUCAGUGCAUGACUGCAACGAGAUCAAGUUGAACUUCAAGAUGUUGGACAUCAACAUGAAGAUCUUUCACGGAACCCCAAUAUUCAUCCGCCAUCAUUUCCACAAGGACCUUCAUCAGGACCCAUCUCGUGUGGACAGUAUGUGUGACUGGAUCAAAAUCUCUCUUGACUCCCUGCUUGCUGGCGAUGCAACUAUCAAGGACAGGCUAUUAUCUGGUGAGUGCAAGGCGUAUGAUCUGGUCAUGAAUGCUUGCAUGAUGCAAUUGAUCACCCGCGAGGAUUAUCCUACCAGUACGAAUCUACCCUUCAUGAUGCGAUACGACAAGAUGCGACUUCGCCAAUUCAGGUUGGAGUUUCGAAUGGACUGUCUGAGUGUCUCUAUGUUGGGCAUUGCUUUGCAACGACUGAGCCGGAUCCCCGUUGAUUCAUCGGAUAUUCAAGGCAAGCUUAUCCAAUUCUUCAACAACUACCGUCUGUCCAUAGAGGCUGAUACGGCCUUUCCCGAAUUCGAGACCAAACAGUACUCCUACGACUUUGUCAUUGAUUCCCUUCGACGUCACCUCAUAGAAGAGGACAAGAACUGGCUCGCCACCGCGCUAUCAGUCGAAGACCCCAUCGCUGAACUUUUUGCCUUUCCUGACAUACUAUGGAAUGCCUCCAUCAUCUCGGUAACCAAGAAAUGGAUGGACAUUCUAGCAAUGGAACAGCCUCCGGCUUUUGAUAUCAACUCGGUGCAACGCUUUCCGGUCAAGCAGAGCAUGAAUCUUGCAGGAAAGCUUCAACAAGCCCUGAGGAACUCAGCGGCCAAGAAGUCAAGGCUUGAGUCCUUGCGCAAAGAGCUGCUUGCAAUAGAAGCAAAGUCCAGCAAGAAUGCAAGCUCUAGAACAACUGGCUCGGAAGGCGGCAUUCCGCAUAUGCAAGCUCAUGGAAACAAACUUGAGAUCAGAGCUGAGGAGGAGCAGGUGGGAGCAGGUGAGGAAAUCCCACGGACAAAGGAGGAGGAGGAGACUGUUCUAGGAGAGUACUCCCUCUACGCGGCUCCUUCCCAUCAGCAGAGUUGCGAUGCUGCCAGCAGCCUCAGGGAGCAGCCAUGGCAGGAGGCGGCUGAGCGGCUCCAUGAGUACGAGGAGAUCAUCGUGGACUUGCAUGCUCGCAUGCAGAACAUGCUGCAAGUGGUACAUACGGUAGCGCAAGAGUACCAGCAGGAGAGAGCGACUCUCGAGAAGGAGCUGAGCGAGCAGAGAGCGCGGCAGGAGGAGGAGCUCAGAGCUGCGCGAGAAGAAUUGAGAGGCGCGCUGAGCAAAGUCGACGAGAUGAAGUUGAAACAGCAAAAUCGCGCGGCGAGGGAGCUGUUGGAUUACUUCAGAGACAAGUUCCUUGAGAUGGGGGCAGGGAGUGCGAGAGCAGCUGCAUCCUCUGAGUCGAGCUGCCUCCGACAAACUUCGUGUCGUUCGAGGAGCAAGCAGACUUCGCAGGAGGUCGAGCAACCCGUGCAGCUGUUUGCUCGCAGCCUUCACCCGAUUGCUCACAGGAUGUCCGAGCUCGAGAGCUGGAGGUUGCGAUGCGAGGAGCUCGGCAAGGAGAACAGAACUCUGACGCGAAGACUUGUUUGCCUCGAGGAGGAGAACAUGGACCUGAAGCAUGCGAGGGCGACGAUGAAGAAAGACUCGAGCAAGGUGCUGCGAACGAGUGAGGUCUGUCUGCAGGGGAUGCAGCGGAAGCUUGCAGCUCAACGCCAGCAGCUGCGAGCGUAUGAGAUAAGAAGAAGAGAAGACGACAAGUACAUCAGCAGACUAGAGAAGAAGGUGAUAGAGGCGCCUCAGCCGCACGACCAGCCGGAGCACCCGAAGGAGAGCAGCGGGCAGACGCCCAACGAUGGCUGCAGCUUAGACGCCCUCACCGAGGAGGGGAGCAGCGAGAAGGGAGGGUCGACGGACCACUCCAGCUCUGCUCCUCCUCCCUCACGACCAGACCUGCGCGACGACUUGGUGCUGUCCUCUGACGAGGAUGACCCGGAAGAUGAGGAGGAAACUCUUCGAGGAACAUUUCAAGUGAAGGAGCUCUGA